GUCCUCCUCACUAGGAGCUGCACCGGCAAUUUAACCGGUUUCUCGUCACUGAAUGGAGAUCGGUGAGUGCCGGUAACCCGGAGCGGGCCAAGCGAAGCAGAACCUUUCAGGAAGUUAUCUGAAACAGGCGGUUCUCUGCGUGCUCACAGCAGCCUUUUCCCUUCGGACUGCCCCAGAACCAUCCACAGAACUCGACCUCUGUGCAACAUUACUUUUAAACGAACCAAUCAGCGACUUUCUAGUUGCUGAACACCAAAUCUGGAAAAACGGCUUCGAGGUAGCAGAAGGAAACACAGGAUGGAGUCGAGCAAAGCAGGAGGUGUUAUAGCCUACAUCAGCUCAUCCAGCUCCUCCUCCUGCCCGGAGUCAUGCCACAGCGACUCCUCGAACGGCAGCUACCAGUCCUUCUCCCCCCCCCAAAGCCAGCAGGGAACCGGGGGCCAGAACCUUCCAGUGGCUCAGAAAGGCAGACGCUCUUCGUCUUCGGGGAAAGGAGGUGUCACAAAGAUCAACGGUCUGGUGCUGCUCUGCAAGGUGUGUGGAGACGUGGCCUCAGGUUUCCACUACGGGGUCCACGCAUGUGAGGGCUGUAAGGGCUUCUUCAGGAGGAGCAUCCAGCAGAACAUCCAGUAUAAGAAGUGCCUUAAGAAUGAGAGCUGCCCCAUCAUGAGAACCAACAGGAACCGGUGCCAGCAGUGCCGCUUUAAGAAAUGCCUGACGGUGGGCAUGUCCAGAGACUCGGUCCGCUUUGGUCGCAUCCCGAAGCGGGAGAAGCAGCGCCUGCUGCUGGAGAUGCAGAGUGCCAUGAACAACAUGAUGAACAGUGACCAGCUGUGCGACGCUCCAGAUGUGCCCAUCGCCAAAGUUCUGCCGGUAGAGCCUGGCCCCUCUUUGUCAUCACCACUCUCAAGCCAGUCCGACUCCGGCCCCGACCCGGGGUUAGGGUUAAGGUCCAUGUCCAUGGACACCGAGUCCAGCUCGGCCUCGCCCAGCUCGGCCUCGCCCAGCUCCUCAGACAGCAGCGAGGAGGAGGUGAUCUGCUCCGUGACCCGUGCUCAUCAGGAGACCUUCAUGUACAACCAGGAGCAGAGCAAACUCCCAGUGGAGCCGUCGCCGGCCCGCCCGAUCUGGGUCGGCACUGACCAGGAGGGUCGGGACGCCUGGAAUCACAGGAACAACUCGGUAACCACGAUGGGCCAAAACCUGCCCCCCAACCUGGGUUGUCCUCUAGGAAGCGAGGACAGCACCCCCCCACAGUGUCCCUUCAGACUGUCCCAGAGUGGAGCUGACAGUCACAGUCCCACCUACAUCCACGGGGCCGUCCGAGCCCCGCCCACAGGGGCCAACGCGACCUACAGCAAGCUGGUGUGGCCCGGAGGGAACCGGAUGUAUCUGGUGUGUCCCAUGAACACGUCUCCACACGUGGACUCUCUGAAGGCUGGCCAUGAGGUGUGGGAGGAGUUCUCCCACAGCUUCACCCCUGCUGUCAGGGAGGUGGUGGAGUUUGCCAAGAAGAUCCCGGGCUUUAGAGACCUGUCUCAGCACGACCAGGUCAGCCUGCUGAAGGCCGGCACGUUUGAGGUGUUGGUGGUUCGCUUUGCCUCCCUGUUCAAUGUGAACGAGCGCACCGUCACCUUCCUGGGGGGACAGAAGUACAGCGUGGACACUCUGAGGGCCAUGGGCUCUGGAGACCUCCUCAACUCCAUGUUGGAUUUCAGUGAGAAGCUGAUGAACCUGGGCCUGAGCGAGGAGGAGAUGAGCCUCUUCACUGCUGUGGUUCUGGUCUCUGCAGAUCGCUCAGGCAUCGAGAAUGUGAACUCCGUGGAGGCUCUCCAAGAGACUCUGAUCCGGGCUCUGCGAAGCCUCAUCACCCGGAACCACCCCAACGAGUCGGCCAUCUUCACCAAGCUGCUGCUCAAGCUCCCCGACCUGCGCUCGCUCAACAACAUGCACUCAGAGCAGCUGCUGGCGUUCAAGGUCCAUUCCUAAACCGUCCUCUGGUUCUGAACCUCCCUCGACCUGGUUUGGACUUUGGAACCAGGAUGGGCAUUACCUCCACCCCUCACGGGACCUCUGUGUCCUGAGAUCCGUUUCACAGCGAGGCGGAUCAGAGCAUCGUUGUACUGUAGGUGUGAUUCGUGUUUGUUUAGCAGCUGUUCCAGCUUAAAAGCACUUUGUGUCUCUGGAAUGUUUGCAUUCAUAGUGCAAUAUGUGAGUGGUUCUCUGGGUCCAGACGCUGAAGCAGCCUGGCCCGCUGGACUCUGGAGACGCAGCGUAUUCCUCUGGGCCGCCAGAAAAAACAGAAUGUAGCUUUUAUUAGUUAGAUGUUCUUGUGCCGUUCUUGUGUCUAAGCGGUUACAUGGUGGACCUGACUACACACGGCUGAUGCCGCUUCCCCCCCUCUUGUCUCCCUGAGGUCCUGGUGUCGCACUCGUUUCAGUUACUUGGGACAGAAACCUGCUUUAGCUGAGUGGUCCUCCACAAAACUCAGAUGAUUGUCAUAUUAAACUGUUAUUUAUGAUUUGAAGCAGAGUUAAAGAGACAUCAGAGUCACGUGAGUCCAGAAUAUCCAGAAGUAAAUUUCUGUGUGUCAUUUCCUCAGUGAAGCCAUUACAAUAACCUGAGUUAUAAAUAAGUACAUAUAUGUAUAUGUAAUAUAUAUACUGUCAGAAAUAACUAUAUAGAUGAAUAUCUAUAAAUGCAUUUUCUAAAACAA